AUGAGUUGUUUGCAGCUGAAUUACAGGUGUUACAGCCUUAAACCGCGUUCUCAGGUGUCCUCAGGUCUGACGGCGGCGAUGGCCGAGGCUCUGAAGCUGCAGAAGAUGAGGAUGAUGAUGGGUUUCCAUGGCAACUGCGAUCAGCAGCGAUUUCACAAUGGAGCCGAGUCCGAGAACGAUGACACAGGAGGCAGUGAAGGAUCCUGGGAGAAGGAGCAGCGCCUCCUUUCUCCUCCUCCCUCCUCGGUUGUUGCUCCUCCUCCUGGUUCGGCGUCUCUCCACCUCAACGCUCUGCAGCAGCACAGCUCGCUGUUGGCCAACCGUCUGUCAGACCUUCCUUUUAUGGUCAUGCCACACCCCCUCCUCCCUGUGGGCCUGCCCCCUGCCAGCGUUGCCAUGGCGAUGAACCAGAUGAGUCAGCUGAGCGGUUUGGCAAAUAUGGCCGCCGUGUCACAUGUUCAGAGAGAAGAGAGAAAGCAGUCUCCACCAGGAAGCCCCUCCCCCUGCCCGUCCCCCAGUGAUGAUGAGCUCCACCCCCAAGAAGCAACCAGCCAAUCACCUUCCAGAGCAUCUUCAUCAUCCUCAUCAUCACCUCCUCCAGCACACACACCGGAGCUGGAUGGUGAGAUUGCAGAGCGAGAAAACAACAUGAAGAAGGUGUUGAAGGAAAAAGAUGACAGCCUGUUGCCCCUCCCCCUCCUCAAACCGACAUAUGAGAAGCUGCCGCUCACCUCUCAAUCACUGUCAAUCAACCACGCACACCCCGCCUUCCCUCCGUUCCUAUUGGCUGAGGGUCUGUCUUCCAUGGAGACACUGCUGACCAACAUACAGGGUCUCCUGAAGGUGGCGGUGCAGAGUGCUCGCUGUCAGGACAAACAAAACCACAUGGAGAGGAAAGAGUUAAAGCUGGAGCUGGAGCGAGAGAGAGACGCCCGACAGACGCUACAGAGACAGCUGAGCUCUGAACUACAGACCAGAGUGUCAAUCCAGAGGAGACUGAAGAAGGAGAAGAAGGCGAAGAGGAAGCUGCAGGAGGCGUUAGACUUUGAGUCGAGGAGGAGAGAGCAGGUGGAGAGAGCGCUCAAACACUCCGACUCCCUCACAGAUGCAGUGAUUGAUGACAGCGAAGUGACAGAGAACAAAGAGCGGGAAAACUCUGCAGCCCAAGAAAACCGACCGUUCAUCAAACCUCCGCUGCUCUUCUGA